AUGCCUCGGCAAGGAGCGUUCUCCGUGGUGGCGCGCGUGUCAAACGCGCAUGCGGAGCAGAACGGCGAGCAGCGGCAGGAAUCGAACCAGCGGAUGCCACUGGUGGUGCGGAUGACGGCGGGGCUCAAGCACACCUACUCCGCCUGCAACGACGCCUCGCGCGCACACAUCGCCGCCCACCAUCCCUCCUCAAACCCCGCGCCCGCCGUUCCUGACCAACCCGCGGCUCGCGAGUAUGGCUCGCCGGAGGGCGGAGCAGGUGACGGCGAGCGGGCGGCGCGCGUGGUGCUGACGAAGCCGUCGGAGGCGGCGGGGAACGAGGGGUGGGACAACGCCAACUCCGACCUCAUCCUCUCCACGGGCCUCGUGCUGCACGGCGAUCCCGGCACCCCCAGCUACGUGGUGCGGGACGUGUUGGGGCAGGGCACGUUCGGGCAGGUGGUGAAGUGCGAGUGCGGGGAGACGGGCGAGGUGGUGGCGGUGAAGGUCAUCAAGAAUCAGCCCGCCUACUACCACCAGGCGCUCGUCGAGAUCAGCAUCCUCCGCCUCUUGAACGGGUCGUUUGACCCGCAGGACGAGCACCACAUAGUGCGACUGGUGGACCACUUCGUGUGCCACAGCCACCUCUGCAUCGUCUUCGAACUCCUCACCUACAACCUCUUCGAGCUCAUCCGCCAGAACCAGUUCCGCGGCCUCUCUCUCAAGCUCGUGCGCCUCUUCACCAAACAGCUGCUGGUGGCGCUGACGGUGUUGGAGGAUGCGCGCGUCAUACACUGCGACCUCAAGCCCGAAAACAUCCUCCUCAAAAGCUUGGGCGGCGAGAUCAAGCUCAUCGACUUUGGCUCUGCCUGCACUGAGAAUCGAACUGUGUACUCUUACAUCCAGAGUCGGUUCUACCGGUCGCCGGAGGUGGUGUUGGGGCACGCGUACGGCACGGCCAUUGAUCUGUGGUCGCUGGGCUGUGUGGCGGCGGAGCUCUUCCUCGGCCUGCCGCUCUUCCCUGGCGCCUCCGAGUUUGACAUGCUGCACCGCAUGGUCGAAACCAUGGGGUCCGUCACCACUCUGCACACACUGACUCCUUCUGCUGUCCCUGCUGCCUUCAACCAUGCUCCUCUGCAUGAAACGUCCUCUAUAUUUAUUGAUCCCUACUUUCUUUUCCCGAUAGUAGUAUUCCACGCUCUCAUUUCUUCCCCUCCCGCGUUUCUUCACCUUUCCUGCUCCCUCGCUGUGCCAUGCAGCUGCCAGCCGCCCGAUGCCAUGUUGAGGCGUGCCAAGCACACGGCCAAGUACUUUGUGCGCACAGCAGACGCGGGGGGUGGGGGGGAGGAUGGGCGCGGUUCAGCGUACCGCCUGAAGACGGUGGAGGAGGUGGUGGCGGGGGGGGAGGCGCGCCCGGCGCUGGGGAAGAGGUACUUUCGGCAGACGGCACUCAGCGACCUCGUGCUGGGCUAUGCGCUGCGCCGCGGGGAAGGGGCGGAGGAGGCGCGGCAGGAGCGGGCAAGCCGAGUGGCGUUUGUGGACUUUCUCUCGGGCCUGCUCCACAUGGACCCCGCCCAGCGCUGGACCGCCCGCCAGGUCUCCGACCCCCGCAACCCCGCCUCCAUGCGCUUUGCUGGCCUCUUUGCUUGCCUCGCCUCCCUGCUCUCUCUCUUCUGCUCCCGUUUCCUCCUCUCUCCCUCUUUCUCAAAGUAUCACCUCCUCUCUACCCCACAUCGAUCCCUCCGUGGCCCGUUGCAACUGGCAGGCGGCACAGCACCCAUUUAUCACGGACGAGCCAUGGAUGGGGCCCUUCCAGCCACAGCGCCAGGCAUGGGGCCAGGCAUGGGAGCAGCAGGCAUGGGCGAAGGCGGAUAUGCGAGCAUGGGGGGGUAUGGCGUGCCCCUCGGGCUGCCCCACAACUACGGCCCUCUGGGCGCCAGUGUGGGCUCCUAUGGCAGCCUUGGCAACAGCUUUGGCGCCAUGGGGGGUUUGGGAGGCAUGGGGAGUGUGGGGGGCAUGGGGGGCGUGGCGGGCAUGGGAGGGAUGGGAGGGAUGGGGGGCGUGGGGAGUCUGGGAGGGGUGGGCAGUCUGACAGACCCCACAGGCUCCUACAUGGCGUAUGCUGCGCACCUUGCUGCGGCAGGGCAGGGGGCGGACUUGGGGUCAGGGUCGUUUGGAGCAGCGGCAGGAGCAGCAGGUGCGGGAGGUGGUGGAGGGCUGGGGUUAGGAUUAGGGUUAGGGUUUGGGCAGAGCCCGGACACACGGCAGCUGCUGCCUGCGCUGGCCAGCAUGAAUCAAGCAGCGCAGCAGUGGCAGAUGGGCCAGCUGGGGCAGGCCGGGCUGGCGAAUCAGGCAGGUCAGGUGAAUCAGCUGAGUCAAGCAAGUCAAUCGAGUCUCAUGAGUCAGAUGCCGUCCAGCCCUCUGGCUGCCACCCUUGCAGCCCCCGGCGCCGUAUCUGCUGGCGGCAGGCAGCAGGAGAGGCGGGGCAGUGGUGGGGGGGUGUGGCAGGGCAUGGGGAAUGAGGGUGCGUAUGUGCCCUUGGGGCAAAGCCCUGGCGGGCCUUUCCUGGACGGGGCAGGGCGAGGGGGAGGGGGGUACUGGGGGGGGAGGGACGGCGAAGUGGCAGUGAGCAGCAACUCGCUGCUGGGAGCCAGUCCGUUGCAGUUCACCCCUCCCUCCCACUCGCGCCACUUCCCAUCCUCCCACUCGCACCAGCACCAACUCCAACAGCAGCAGGGUGGGCGGCAGGGACACCUGCAAGUGCGUGUGAGUGAGCCCACAACGCCCUCCUCCCCCACCACCUCCUCGCCUCACUUCUCCCCGUCGUCGCUCCACCCUGACUUCUCCUCCCCGCUGGCCCGAGGGUCAGUGGGGCAGGCGUCCUCUCUGGGCCCCAGCGGCAGCACCCACCCUACCAGCCACAAUCCGGGCGCAGGGCUGCCCUCCCCCGCUGCUAGAGGGCUGGCGGGUGCAGGGGCAGGGGGGAUGGGGUUGAGUGUUGGCAGGGGCGGAGCGGAAGGGGGGAUUGCACUGGAGAAGGCGGCUGUGAUGGGACACAGCAAUGACAGGAGCCAGGAGAGCGGGCGCACAGCAACAGGUGCGGCGAGUGAUGCACACGAGGGGAGAAGGGGCGAAGGGGAGGGAGGGGGGGGAGGAGGAGCGGGGUGGGAGAGGGGAAAGAGCAGUUCAGCAGGCGAGGGGGAUGGGCCUGCGGACUCUAUGGAGGGAAACACUCACGUGGGCUCGCAUGGGUAUGUGGGCUCGCAUGGGCAUGUGGGGUCACACGGGCAUGCGGGGCACACCAUUGCCCCCCCUGCUGCCUGGAGCCCUCUCAACGCUGUCUAUAUGCAACCUGCACCCACCACGGAUGCUGCUGUUCCUGCCGCUGCGGCAGCGGGUGUGUUGUCAGCUGCUGCUGCGCCUGGAGGGCAUGGCGGGGCGGCAGCUGGGCGGGGCAGUGGCGGGUCGCUGGGAGCUAUGGACUGCUCGCCUCUUGCUGCUGCUGGCGCCUUCAUGUGGUCUCGCCCCUCUGCCACGGCCAGUGGCUCGUCCGCCCCACACCACUACCGCGCUGUCACUGACCACCCACACGCCCCGCUCGCCCUGCCACACCACACCGCUGCCGCUGCUGCUGCUGGCGGUGCAGGCGCUACACACAGUGAGCGAUGGCGAGGAGGGGAGGAUGAGGGGGAUAGCAGCGCAGAGGGAUUGGCGGGAAUAGAUGGAGAGGUGGAGAGCGGUGCGGAGCCCAUGGGCAUAUCUCCGGUGCAGGCAGGGCAGCUGGGCCACUGGUCUGCCGCUGCUGCCGCCGCUGCUGCUGCUGCCGUGGCAGGCCAGCAGGGGGGAGGCGGGUGGGGUGGUGGCAGGGCAGGGGGGGCUGCAGCAGGGGUGGGGGCAGGAGGGGGAGCACCAGAGACGGGGGUGGGGGGAGGGGUGGGGAGAGGGGUGACCAGUGGGAUGGGAGUGGUGGGGGCGGUGGGGGUGAGUGUGGGGAUGGGGAGGGGGUAUGGGGGAGGGAGGGGGAAUGUCAGAGAGGGGGGCCGUCAGGGCAGAGGCAUGGGAGGAGGCAUGGGGUUGGCAGAGGUGGCAUGGCUUGGGUAG